UCAGCAUCAGUGUUCUCGGGGUUUCGACAGCGUAUAGUGUGUUUGAAACGCUAAGUGCUUUUUUCCAGUUUUCUUCCCUUCUAAGCUUAAAGAACAAACACAAACACCAUGGACGCCAUCAAGAAGAAGAUGCAAGCGAUGAAGCUUGAGAAGGAUAAUGCCAUUGAUAAGGCAGAUACCUGUGAAAAUCAAGCUAAGGAUGCCAACUCCCGCGCCGAUAAACUCAAUGAGGAGGUGCGCGAUCUGGAAAAGAAAUUGGUCCAGGUUGAGGUCGAUUUGGUAACAUCCAAGGAACAAUUGGAGAAGGCCAACACCGAGCUGGAGGAGAAGGAAAAAUUGUUGACCGCCACGGAGUCUGAGGUCGCCACCUUGAACCGUAAGGUGCAACAGAUUGAAGAGGAUUUGGAAAAGUCGGAGGAACGCUCAACCACCGCACAACAGAAGCUGUUGGAGGCCACACAAUCGGCUGAUGAGAACAACCGUAUGUGCAAAGUAUUGGAGAACCGUUCCCAACAGGAUGAGGAGCGUAUGGAUCAGUUGACCAAUCAAUUGAAGGAAGCUCGCAUGUUGGCUGAGGAUGCCGAUACCAAGUCCGAUGAAGUGUCCCGCAAGCUGGCCUUCGUUGAAGAUGAGCUCGAAGUGGCUGAGGAUCGUGUCCGUUCGGGCGAGUCCAAGAUCAUGGAGCUGGAAGAAGAGUUGAAGGUUGUCGGUAACUCUCUGAAAUCCCUGGAAGUGUCCGAGGAGAAGGCCAACCAGCGUGUUGAGGAAUUCAAGCGUGAAAUGAAGACCUUGUCCAUCAAGUUGAAGGAAGCCGAACAGCGCGCCGAACACGCCGAGAAGCAAGUGAAGCGCCUGCAGAAGGAGGUCGACAGGCUAGAAGACGAAUUGGGCAUCAACAAGGACAGAUACAAGUCUCUGGCCGACGAGAUGGACUCCACAUUCGCCGAAUUGGCUGGCUAUUAAGUUCAUACGAUCAAGAUCUGACCAAGAAGAUCCAUCCUUUCCAUCUCUUGGUGUCCUUUAUUUUGGAGUGGAACUAAACUCGACGUUAUUGUAAACGAUUAUCUCACAACAAAUGAUUUUGAAAGCAAACCAAAAAAGAAAGAAAAGAAAUAUCAAACUAUAUGCCAAGAAUAACAUCCAUUGUGUAUAUAUAUUUUAUACUACUACUGCAACAACAACAGCAUAUUAUCUAUAUUUAAAUAUAUAAAUUUCUAAUAAAUAAAUAACACCAACAACAA